GCGGCGGCCUCAGGGCGCGCGGUGCCGGCGGCGGCGGCCAUGUCCUGCCCGGGCCUCGCUGAGGCUUCGUCGUGGAGCACGCGCACCCGCAGGGCUCGGGCCGCGCAGGCCGCGGGGCAGGGCGAGGCUCAGGCCCGGCAGCUGCGAGAGCUUUGGAGCCGCACCGAGAAGGCCGAGCGGCGGCUGUUGGCCUUCGAGAACCUGGUGGGAGAGCUGGGCAGCAACCUGGCGGCACUGGGCAACCUGCUACAGGGCUACGGGCACCUCCAGCAGCGCCUGGACAACGUGGAGAACCUGCUGAAGAACAGGAACUUCUGGAUCCUGCGGCUGCCCCCCAGCACCAGGGGCGAGGUGCCCAAGGUACCCGUCACAUUUGAUGACAUUGCCGUGUACUUCAACGAGCAGGAGUGGGAGAGACUGGACAGCUGGCAGAAGGAUCUGUACAAAGCUGUGAUGAGGGGUAACUACGAGACCCUGAUUUCCCUGGACUAUGCCGUGUCCAAGCCUGACAUCCUGUCUCGAAUUGAGAGGGGUGAAGAGCUCUGUGUCAAAGACUGUUGGAAGCCCCCGCAGACGCUGGACCAAGGCGCUCCAGAACCCCCCCAGACCGUCCAGGAUGGGCAGGAGCUCACGCAGACACACGGCCCAGGCAGUGAGGAACCUCUGCAGGCACACAUCCAAGGCAGGGAGGAGCCCAUGCAGGGCUGCAGCAGAGACAGUGAGGAGCAGCUGAAGACACGCCUCAGAGAUGGUCAGGAGCCCACACAAACGUGCAUCAAUGGCCACAGUACCCUGCAGACGUGCAUCGGAGGUCGCCAGGAGCCCCUGCAGGCACCAGAAGAGAUGGACCAGGUGGAGGAGGCUUUGGGAAAAGAUGUCCGUGUGGAAGCUGACAGGGCAGAGUCUGCUGUGUCCAAUCCUGACAUCCCAUCCCAGACUGAUAAGAAUGAAGAGCUCUGUAUCCAAGAUGCCCAGGAGCCCCCAGCGCCAUUUAUCCAAGACAGUCAGGAACCCCCACAAACACUGAAAGCGAUGGACCAGAAGAAAGAGACUGUGGGAAAAGAAAAAGUCCAUUUGAAAGGUUGCACAAAAUUUCCCAGGGUGGUGAUGCGUGUUUUGUCCAUGAGUGCACAGAAAAAGGAGGCAAGCAGGGAAGAUCAUCCUGACUCAGAGGUGGAAGAUGACCCAGCAGAGUUUGGCUCUGAGGAAAUCUUUCUGUCAGAAAAUGAAAAGGCCUCUGAAGCGGCUUCUCUUCCUGUAAGCGUCAAGGUGAAAGAGGAAAGGCCCGUGGCCUCACAAGAGGCAUCUGCGCCUUCUCCUGGCCCCGAGGUCCAGAAGUGCCCAGGAGAGCAAGCCAAAACCAAGAGCAAGAAGAAGCCAAGCAGGUACGCGAGCAGCAGCCUGCUGAUGGGCGACUGCCGGCGCGGCUACGUGCGCGAGUGGUCGCACCCCUGCACCGAGUGCGGAAGGCGCUUCCGCCUGAAGAUCAACCUCAUCAUCCACCAGCGGAGCCACGCCAAGGAGGGGCCCUAUGAGUGCACGAUAUGCGAGAUCAGCUUCACCGACAAAAAAAGCUUGGUCCUUCACCAGGGCAUCCACACACAAGAGAGGGCCUUUGCGGCCAAGGUGUGGGGGAACACCCACCCGGAAUUGAGGAUGGGGCCGAGGAAGAAGCUCUGCAGGUCUCUUCAUGGCAGUGCCCAAAGCCUGGCUUACGGGACACGUGCAGGGGGGUCCUGGCUGGGCCAGGCCAAGGAGGAGCCAUCCAGACCCUAUUUGUCACAACAGCAAAUGCCUAGCACUCAUACAAGGAACGUGGUUAAAUGCAACCUUUGCAACAAGAGUCUCUCGUGCCCCUCUUCCCUCCAGCGUCACCUGAAGACCCACAAGCCGUACUGCUGCGCCACCUGCAAGAAAUGCUUCAGCCGCCAAACUCACCUGGUGCGCCACGAGCAAAUACACGAACGCCAGAAAGCCCUGGAGAACCAGCAGCCCAAAGCAGAGCAGCCUGCAGCAACGGCCGGCUGGCCGCAGCCCUAAGGAGCCCCGGAUGCCCGGCCAGAGCGCUGCUCACACGCUGAACCAGGCACUUGAGAAGUGCAGCCAGAGCUGUUCAGUGAAGGCACUCCUGGUGCUUGCUGCAGAACACAUACUCCCAGAUAAUCCUAGACUUGUGAUAUCCCAACUUGGAAGGCACCCUUCAGCAGCACCGGUUCCCAUUCAAGAACUGCCGCAUCCACUGCUGUGGUGGGAGCGCAGUCCGGCCUGUUGUGAAACUAGGAAAUAGGGUGGCAGUUUGGGAGGCAACAAACGACAACAGGAGAGAUUCCAAAUUGCUUGUUUCCCUAGGGAGAAACUGAGCAUCAG